AUGGCCGAGGUCCUUUCUGCAGUGAGGCUGCCAACCCCCGAACCCCACGACGCUAAGCCCAGUAUCUUUGACCGCAACGACCGUGAAGGCUACGAUGCGCGGGAAUCUCGAGACGGCAGAGCAGCAGAUGUUCGGGAUGACCAAUAUGGCCGCGACAGUCCGGAAGAUCGUACACCUCGCGAGCCCCGUGGAUACAGAGCAAAGCGCAAGCGCUCUCCAUCCUCACGGUCCCCGUCUCCCAGGCCUCCACCCGGUCCCCUACCGCGCGAUGUCGACCGCGAACGCGCCGUCGAACGACUACGCCAGCUCGAGAUGCGCUCUCGCCAGCAGGAAGAGGAGCCCUCGAAACCGCUUACGGCGGAGGAGAAGCAAGCCGCGGCGAAGGCAGAAUACGAGAAGCUGUUGAGCCUUCGUAGCGGAGGCACAUACAUUCCGCCAGCACGGCUAAGAGCACUACAAGCGCAGAUCACAGACAAGAGCAGCAAGGAAUACCAGCGCAUGGCGUGGGAGGCUCUGAAGAAAUCCAUCAACGGCCUCGUCAACAAGGUGAACAUCAGCAACAUCAAGUCCAUCGUGCCCGAGCUCUUCCAAGAGAACCUUAUUCGCGGAAGGGGUCUCUUCUGUCGCAGCAUCAUGCGCGCCCAGCAGGCCAGUCUGCCGUUCACGCCCAUCUUCGCCGCCAUGGUCGCCAUCGUCAACACGAAGCUGCCGUCUGUGGGCGAGUUGCUGGUCAACAGGCUCAUCGUCCAGUUUCGACGAGCAUUCAAGAGGAACGACAAGGCUGUGUGUAUCGCAAGCACCACCUUUCUAGCACAGCUUUGCAACGUGCAGGUCUGCCACGAGGUUCUCGCCGCUCAGAUCUUACUCUUGCUCCUCAACAAGCCUACAGACGACUCCGUCGAGGUGAGCGUAAAUCUCAUGCGCGAAGUGGGACAGCACUUGGAGGAGUUCAACGCACCGAUUGCGAUGGCGGUGUACGAUCGCUUCAGGUCGAUAUUGCAUGAGGCGGACAUUGAGAAGAGGACACAGUACCAGAUCGAGGUGUUGUUCGCGAUCAGGAAAGACAAGUACAAGGACAAUCCGGCUGUAAAGGAGGAACUGGAUCUGGUGGAGGAGGAGGACCAGAUCACGCAUAGGCCAAAUUUGGACGAUGAUGGGAUCGAAGUCAUGGACGGGCUCAAUGUGUUCAAGUAUGAUCCGGAGUGGGAGGCACAUGAGGAGGCGUACAAGAAGCUCAAGGCCGAGAUUUUGGGGGAAGCGGAAGGGAGUGACGAGGAGUAUGAAUCCGAUGGUGACGAGAGCUCAGAGGAUGAGGAAGCCAAGCAGGAAAAGCAGAUGGAGAUUCAGGACCAGAGCAACACCGAUCUUGUCAACCUUCGGAGAACUAUCUAUCUCACGAUCAAGUCCAGCGGCGGAUUCGAAGAGGCUGUUCACAAACUUAUGCGCGUCAACAUACCGGCUGGUAAGGAGGACGAACUUCCCUCUAUGAUACUGGAGUGCGCAAGUCAGGAGCGAACAUACGACCGUUUCUACGGCCUCAUGGCUGAGAGGUUUUGCAAACUGAAUCGUCUCUGGAAUGACCUAUUCGAGGCGGCCUUCGUAAAGUACUACGACACUAUCCACCGCUACGAGACAAACAGACUACGGAUUCUAGCUUGCGUCUUCGCCCACCUCCUCGCUUCAGAUGCUAUCGGCUGGCAUGUCCUCAGCGUCGUGACCCUAACUGAGGACUCCACAACCUCCAGCAGCCGCAUCUUCAUCAAGAUCCUCUUCGAAGAACUCGUCCAAGCAAUGGGCAUGAAGAAGCUGACCGAACGCAUGCGAGACCCAACACUCCAACCUUCCUUCGUCGGCAUCUUCCCCAAAGAUACUUCCCGCAACACCCGCUUCGCAAUCAACUACUUCACCGCCAUCGGUAUGGGCGCCCUCACGGAAGACAUGCGCGAACAUCUCAAGAACAUGCCCAAGCCCGCCCCGCCUGCUUUGCCGCCGCCCCCACAGUCGGAAUCGGCAUCCGACAGCGGCUCAGAGAGCGUGUCCAGCUACUCGAGCUACAGCUCGCGCUCCCGGUCGCGCUCGCCUUCGCCACGAAGAAGCCGCGGCCGUGGCAGGAGCCCUUCUCAUGAGUCGUCCCGCUCCCGGUCUCGCUCAUACUCGUCAUCGCGCAGCCCGUCGCGAACGCGCGACCGUCGCCGCGGCGAUGUCCGUGAUAGCGGCCAAGGUAGACGCCGUACCCGAAGCGCCUCUUCUUCCGAGCGCUCCCGCUCACGCUCGGUCUCGAGGUCUCGCACUCCACCACCAAGAAGGAGCGCCCGUGCCCGCUCGCGCAGCUACACGCCCUCAGUGUCCCGCUCGCCGCCAUCACGUAGGAACGGCCGCACAAGUGCUCGCGCGCGGAGCUAUACGCCUUCAAUCUCGCGCUCGCCGCCUUCAAGACGCGGCGCGCAGAGGAGCCCAGCGGAGUGUCUCACCGUCGCGGUCCCGGUCCCGGUCGCGAAGUCCCUAUCGUCCGCGGGAAGGUCAUCGGACGCGCAACUCUUCGUCUUCGCGGUCGAGAUCGAGGUCGCCUCCGGCACGAAGAAUGAGUCCCGCGCCCAGGAGGCGGCCCAGUCCGCCUCGGCGACAGAGGGAAGAGCCGGCGCCGCAUGUGCAUCCGGAUCGCGCGGCGCAGGUUCAGGCAGGCGUGCAUCCGAGCCGGGCGCAUCUUGUUGA